GUACGGUCCCGGUUGCGGCGCCUUAAGAACGUUGAUUGAAUGGGGACUUGCACGUGGUGUGCCACUCUCACGUAUGCUCCGUUCUAACCGCUGUCAUUGUCAAGGGUAACACAGACCUGCGAGCGGACAUUCAAGUAUCGGUGCCGGUGUAGCCUCGUCCAUUUUGACUUGCAGGAAUAACGUCCCUACCAUUCCAUUCUGUACGAUCAUGAGUAAGACUCAGAGCCCGGAUAGCCCUCAGAUUCCCCAUAUUCCCGACGAUCUUACGAUGGUACAAUUUAUGCUGGAUGGUCAUGCUGCGAAGAGGCCGGAUUAUCCUUGGUUAAUCGAUGAUGUUUCUGGGAGAGGAUACACCUUGACGGAGAUACGAUCGCGUGUGGACGGCCUUGCCACCGCUAUGAAGUCGCGAUGGAACAUACAGGAAGAUGACGUCGUCUGCAUCUGUAGUCCAAACCAUCUUGAUUUUCCCGUUGCCAUAUGGGCGAUCCACAGGUUGAGCGCCAUUGUGACAGCGGCUAAUCCUAUGUAUACAGUUGAAGAACUUGAACAUCAGCUGUUAAUCACCAAGGCCAAAUUGGUCAUCGUCCAUUCAUCUAGUUAUUCCACGGUCAUAAUGGCAGCACGUACCGCCCGCCUCUCGCCUGACCAUAUCGUGAUGAUGGAUGAAGCGCGCGAUAUGGAACACGCUCACCUCACCGUCGAGGGACUGAUCCAAGAGGGAGACAGUGUGCCUCGCUUCAAUGAGCGUCACUUGAAUAAAUGCGAGGGCAGGACUAAGCUUGCAUUUAUCAACUUGUCUAGUGGUACAACAGCGAAGCCGAAGGCAGUUGGGAUUCCUCAUACCGCCAUGAUCGCGUCGGUUACACUGAUGAUGCAGUGGGCAAGUUCUCAAACUUCGGAUCCGCAGGAGAGAAUGCUACGGCCUGGUGAUAAGUGGAUGGCUUUGUUGCCCUUCUACCACAUCGCGGGUCUCAUGGUCGUCCUGCACUUUGGACUAUACUUCGGGGCGACGUUAGUGGUCGUACCUAAGUUCAACCUCACCCGCAUGCUCAAGAGUAUUCAGCGGCACCAGAUUCAUAUUCUACCAGUGGCGCCUCCGACGGUAGUCUUACUCUGCAAGGAUCGCGAAGUGAGCCAAUACGAUCUACGAUCGCUGCGAUUGGUGAUGAGCGGAGGAGCACCGCUCUCAGCAGAGCUCAUGCAGCAAUUUUUCGUCGUAUUCCCGUGGGCGGGAAUAGGCCAAAUCUACGGAAUGACCGAGACCGUCAUACCUAUCACUAUGCCGAAUUUACAGCAGAAGAUGGGGACACCGGGAAACGCUGGCUGUGUGCUUCCCGGCAUGAUGACACGUGUCGUCCGCCCUGACGGCUCCUUUGGGCAUUGGAUUUACACUGGCGACGAGGUCAUCAUCAAUACACACAAUGAAAUAUUCAUUCUUGACCGCAUCAAGGAGUUGCUCAAAGUCAAAGGGUAUCAAGUGGCACCGGCAGAGCUGGAAGGUCAUCUUCUCAACCAACCAGACGUCUCCGAUGCCUGCGUGGUAGGUCUGCCGGAUGAGUACAGCGGCGAAGUCCCGGUCGCCUUCGUAGUCCCUAGCGCCAGCGCGCUUGAGCUCAUGCAGAAUGAUUCCCAAGCUGCAAAGAGAAUCAAGGCAGCGAUCAUGAAGCAUGUCGCUGAUGCAAAGGUCCACUAUAAGUGGUUGGCAACAGUCAAAUUUAUUGACGAAAUUCCGAAGAACCCUAGUGGCAAGCUCCUACGUCGGGUGCUGCGGGACCAUGCAAGGCAGAUGCAGUCUAAUGGCGAGCUCGUGCUGGCUAUCAGAGCCAAAAUGUAGAUGAUGCGUCGUCGAUUUGCAGGAUUGCUCUGUACAAACGAGAAUGAACGUCCUGCUGUUCACAAUGCGACAGAUCUUGGAAACUUUGAGUGGUCAUCUGAAGGAAUUC